GCCAUGCUGCCCAGGCUGGUCUCGAACUCCUAACCCUAAGUGGCCCUCCGACCUUAGCCUCCCAAACCGCUGGGAUUCCAGAUGAGAACACCGCGCCGCAGCCCUGGGAUGCUAAGCCAGCCCCCCGGAACGAGCUAGGGAGACCAAGCAGAUUCUGGGGCAGUCAGACGGUCUUCCGAGCUCGGGCUAGUGCCUCGGAUCUGGGGGACGAAGACGGGCAGCUGAGCUUUCGGAGCCCGGGCUUAUCAGACGGGGACCCGGACCCCCUCGAACCCUCGCAGGCUUGUACGAGCCGGUGGACGUGGGUGGAACGGGGUGAAGGUGGGGGGUGGGGCUCACCGCGGGCAGGGAGCUCCCAGAUGACCAUCAAGGGUGAAAGGUCCCCGGGGGACCGAGCAGUGCGUGAACACGGGCGGAGAAAGCCCCGCUCAGCCAAUCAGCGGGCGGCAGUGUUUUCUUCUUGGGGUCGGAAUAAAAGGGCUGGAAUAAAAGAGGGCAGAAAAGGCGCCGGGCGGGCCCGACACACGCCGGAGGAGCCGGGUGGUGCAGAGCCGGAAUCGGAGCCCGGAGCCGCGCCGCGCCGCACCAUGGCGCCCACCCUGGCCACUGCCCAUCGCCGCCGCUGGUGGAUGGCCUGCACGGCCGUGCUGGAGAACCUCCUCUUCUCGGCAGUCCUCCUGGGCUGGGGCUCGCUGCUCAUCAUGCUCAAGUCGGAGGGCUUUUACUCCUACCUGUGUACCAAGCCAGAGAAUGUCACCAAUGGCACAGUGGGCAGCACAGCAGAGCCGGGGCACGCGGAGGUGAGCUGGAUGAGCGGCUGGCUCAGCUGCCAGGCCCAGGACGAGAUGCUAAAUUUGGCCUUCACCGUGGGCUCCUUUCUGCUCAGUGCCAUCACCCUGCCCCUGGGGAUCGUCAUGGACAAGUAUGGCCCGAGGAAGCUCAGGCUGCUGGGCAGGUCAGUGCGGGUCCCUUGGGGGGCAGGGAGUGGGCAGGUGGACCCCCUGGGCUGAGUUCCCCAUGGAAGGGUAUCCUGGUCAUACCUGCUAUCAGGUGUACUGUGGAGCUCCCUGAAGGCCCAUCCAGAAUGGAGUUCGUUCCCCAUCCGCCACCGAAUCAGCAGGUACUGUGGUCCUCGCCACGCUCCAGUACUCAAUAAGAAAAGCACCAGGCUCCAGGCCGCCCGGGGGAUCUGGAGUUGCUUGUCACUAAGAACAUGGGUUUCUGAUCCCUUUGUAGUUCAUAAGCGUAAUAAUUGGGGUUUCACGCUCAUGUGUGAGACAUGCUUCCCUCAGACCUUCUUACAAGGCUGGCACAGUAUUCAUCUGAUGAGAAAAAAA